UACGUUUGUUGGUGGUACUCUAUCACGUGAUGAUUCUAAACCCAAGAUGGCGGCAGAAUUAUCAUUUGGUUCCGUGCCGGCGCUGUACCGGGAGGUGUAUGACAUCGUGUGCCCGUCGGGGCAAGAGAGCAGGGUGGACCGAGAAGUGUUCGUCAAGCUGCUGAUGAAGUCCAAUCUUCCCAAACAGACUUUGAGUUCUAUCUGGGAUGCAGUAGACAACAAAUCAGGCUACCUGACCAGAAACGGGCUGUACAAGGCACUGGCUCUCACGGCUAUGGCUCAGCAGGGCAAGAACAUAGAGGAUGGGGACAAGAUACUGGAGAAUUUUGGAGACCAAGAGCUCCCCCGCCCAGCCUUGGGUGACCUGACCGACCUGAAGACCCUGAGUAUAAAGGUCCGUCGGGAGCGGAACCCGUGUGUGCUGGGCUACAGGUUCAUGGAGCUCAUCGAGCUGGAUGCCAUCGAGGUGGAUCUCAUACCGGAGAAGAAGGGCCUCAUUCUGAAACAUGUGGAAUAUGAAGUCUCAAGUAGGAGAUACAAGAGCAAAGUACUAAGAAGGUAUAACGACUUUGUAGCAUUCCAAGAACUCUUGCUUGUCCGGUUUCCCUACCGUAUGGUUCCCCGUCUACCACCCAAGAAAAUGAUCGGAGCGGACAGAGAGUUCAUUGAGGGGAGAAGAAAAUCCUUGAGACGCUUCUUGAACCUGGUAGCGAGGCAUCCAUCUUUUUCUGAAGAGUCCCUUUUGAAAUUCUUCCUUACAUUCAAUGGGGCUGAUAUGCAACAUGUUAUCAAAGUUCAGUUCCGGGGUAUUCCAGAUGAGUUUGUUACCAGUCCUCUGGCCGUCCAAGCCAAGGAUCUUGUACCGAUGGACACACAAGUACAGUUCAGCAACAGUCGUGACUUCAUCCGCAUUCUCUUCAACAGUAUCUCCCACAUCAAGGGGGUGUCAGAUCGCAUGGUGGCCAGGUCUACAGGACUGGCAGCAGACAUGUUGAUAUUUGGGAAGGAACUGAGUGUUAUGGCCAACGACCCCCCUGCUCUCUCCUCCUGGUCGUGUGGUUCGAUAGACACCUGGUCACACCUGCAGAACGGCUUCAAGAGCCUGUCAGUGGAGUUUGGGGUUUUAGCUGACAAGUCUCAGAAACAGGCACAUAUGGAGGAUGACUGCUUAGUGGAACAACUUCAGUACUUCUUGGACUUGUUGACUUCAUACAAGGACUUGUGUGAUCGCCAUGAGAAAGGUGUGUUGUCAGAUCAUCAACGUGCGCUCCAGAAGAUGGGGCAGAUGAAGAAAAGGAAAAUGUCAGCAACGAUACAGGGCAAGGAACAGACUGCUCUAGUGGAACAGUUGGAGGCCAGGAUUAUAGAGCAAGAGAGUGAGAUCAACAACAUGGAGAACCGAAACUACUUCUCCCUGCACUGUGUGCACAUGGAGACCCAGCUCAUACACGCUAACAUGGAGCUCCUGGUUAAAAUCAUGGAGGGGCUGCUCAGUACACAGGUCAGAGGUCACCAGGAGCUGGCACAAAUGUGGGAGAACAUAGCACCAAAGAUCAAGACCCUGAUCCCACCGUCCGCAAAGUCACCGAGCACGUCCCCCGGCACAUCCCCCACGUCCGAAACAGCGCCGUCGUCUUUUCGGUAGAACCAGUUAUCAUAUUUAGGCCUUUGGUAGCAUCACCAUAGUCUGUAUCCUACCCUCUCCUUUCAGCCUGGUUCCAUUUGGUACAUCAUAUAACAUGGCACAGACCUUUUAUAUCUAAAUUAGAGUUGAUCAGCCGUUCAUGCUUAGCUACAGAACCAUAUUAUUUUUGUCAUUACUAGAUAGAAUCAGGAGAAAGCAAUAAACUUUUACAUGUAACACGUAAUCAGGAUGGUGCUACUGAAAUUACUGUAGUUAAAAUGAACACAAUAACCAGUACAGGAUUCACGCUGUUGUUUGUGAAACUUACAAAGCUACAUGUAUAUAGUUUCUGAAAACAGAAAUGCUCAAGUGACAGAUGUGGAAGAUGUAGGAAAGGUAAUACAUGUCAUAGUGUGCUAUGCCUGUUGGCCUGGAUGCCAGUCUUGUUCCCUGCCAACAAGGGAUAGUGAUUAAAAAGAGUGGACUAAAGCUUAAGGUCUUACUGCACUUGGGGUACCGGUGUGGCACUGUGGGGGGUGUUUACUGUGGCAUUGUUGUGUUAUUUUUGCCGAUUUUUAUAAACUAGAUAUUGUGUAAUAUGUAAGAGUAUGACUUAGAAGACAACAAAGCACACAAAACAUAAGACAAUUGGGUCUUCAUCUCUGAAAUUCGUUGAGUAAUCUUUCGAAGCCCGCAGUGCUGCACCGGUGCCGCAAGUGCAGUGAGAUAAGACGUAUGGCUGACAUCCAGGCUAUCCAUAUGUACAGAGUUAAUGUGAAAGACAAUAGUUGUUAGUGGAUAUGUAGGUUCACCGGUGGUUUGUCAUUCUUGCUUCAAAUCAUUUGACUCACAGGCAGGAACUCAAACAAAGUGUGGCUAGUCACUUACCAAGCUUGGAUGAAUUGAAUUUGAAAUAUCACACCUCAAUUCUAAUUGACUACAAGUGGUUUUAGGGGCAUUGUGUAAAAUGUUUAGUACUUGCCCAUGAUUUAAAAUGAUAUAAAACAUAUCUAUUCCUAUGUUUUCUGCCAUGUCCAGAUUUAGGUAGAUAGCAUACACUUUCUUACUUUUUGGACUGUACCACUGAAAGGAGAGGGGUAGUCAUGGUGUCAUGCCCAUAUUUGCUGGUCAAAUGAAAUUGUGAUACAGAAAUUGUACAUAUAUUUGAUAGAUACAAUUGUGUAUGUAUACUUGAAAAUUUUACCAGUAGUUAUUGAACCUCUAGCAUCCGUCAUGUUUAUAACAUAUCUUUGCCAAUAUCUAUGUUCAAACCAAAGCCUACAUGGCAUAAUUGUGCCUUAUGAUUCAACAAAGCUAUCUGAUUUACUGGUAAACUUCUUAGUACAAAUAUAUAUUAUGUUUGUUGUCAAAAAGAUAUCAUUAGUUAGAAGUGUUGACUGGCUCUUUGAGAGCCAUCAGAAGCCUCGAAUGUGUAACAAUACAUACAUGUACAUGAAACAAUUAAGUAUAGAAUACUUUGAACCAAUCAGCACCAUGACUCGCACAUCCUCUCUUAUGAUUUUCCUGGUUCAUAUUCAGAACACAUUUGUAUGAGCUGUAACAUGUGAUUACAUGUUGGAGAAAAGAUUUUGUUUGAAUAUUGUACAAAUGUAAGAAGCAAUAAUUGAGAAAUAUGGUAUAACAUCUGCUAAGUUCUAUGGAUUUGAUUUCUU